AUGGCUACCAAAGCGGACCUACAACAACUCACCUCCACCAUCCAGGACACGCUAAAGGCGGAGAUGGCAGGGAUCCGCUCUGAAGUCGCCUCACAGGCGAAUCGCAUCACCAUGCUGGAGCAGGUGGCGGAGACCCAAACCAGUAGACUCAAUGCUGCAGACACAGCGGUGGCUCGGCAGGGAGACAUAGUCUUGGCCAUGAGGAGGCAUCUUGAGGACCUCGACAACAGGGGGCGCCGAUGCAACAUUCGCAAAUUGAUCCUGCAACUGGCGAGCCCUCAAAGAUUUGAAUUCGAGAGGGCACACAGGAUCCUGAGACGGCGCAAUCUGGAAGAAGGCCCAAGGGAUCUGAUCUGCUGCCUGCACUCAUUCAGAGUGAAGGACGCCAUCAUGAAGAAGGCCCGUGAGAGGCCCAUGUGGCCUUACAGAGGGGCCCAGAUAUCACUCCUCAAUGACCUGUCCCCUCUAACUCUAGAUGCACAAAGAGCACUACGCCCGGUAACGACGGCCCUGAGAGACCGCGGCAUCACCUACAAAUGGUGCUUCCCACCGGCCCUCCUGGCCAGGCACAACAACGCCUGGAUCGCUCUGUGCUAG